CCCGGCAACGGCCCGACGCGGCGGCGAGCGGCAACGGCCAUGGAGGAGGCGGCGGACUCUGAGGUGUCUUUCUGCCUGCAGAAAUUUACCAUAACUGAUGACUCUAAAGAUGAUUACCAGUAUGAAGAGGUUCCAGCAGAUGAUGAAUUUAGUCUUCAGGAAGAUGAUGAGGAUCUGGCAAAGGCUUUGCAGACUAUUCAAGAGCAGGCUGAAGAUGCCCAAAUUUUAGCUUUGCGAUCAGUUCUGACUUCUGAGAAAUCAGUGUCUGAAAUACCUGAAGCAAUGGAUGACUUCUUCUGCAAUUUCCUGGUCAGAUUGGGAAUGUCCAGAACCCUCAACUGCUUCCAAACUGAAUGGUAUGAACUCAUAGAGAGAGGUGUGUUCGCAGCCAAAGAUGGUGGAUUGGUGCCAACUGUGUAUACCCACAACGAGCAGCUUAAGGCUGAGAAUAUGUGUUUGAGGAAAAAUCUGGAAAGCUAUAAACUUGCCGCAAACAAAGCAAAAGAGGCUUUCCUAAAAAUGCAGAAGGAACGUGACUUCCAUCGAAUGCAUCAUAAGCGAGUGGUCCAGGAGAAAAACAGGCUUAUUUGUGACAUUAAAAGGCUGAAGGCACAUUAUGCGUCAUAUGAACCAGUGCUGAAGCAGUUGACUGAAAAAUACCAGACUACACUGAGACAGAAAACGUUAACUAGUUUGGAGAGAGACAGAGCAGUUGGGCAGGUUACAGGCUUGCAAGCCACAUUACAAAGUUUAGAGUCUGGAUGUGCUACUCAGAUUCCUGUGACAAAAGCAGGCCACAAAUGUCAAAGGAAGAAACGGGUGGAAGGUCCCACCCAGAAAGCCCUUCGGGAAGCCAGGCAGCAAAAAAUUGUUGAUGCUGAAAGCAAUUCAUGUGAUCCAGUCAAAGAUGCAGAGAAGAUAGGCAAGAGAGAUCCAAAGGGUGUUUCUUCUGUCUGACACUGGCAGUGCACCUCUCCUCCUGACAAGCAUAACAUUUUAUUGGUUUUCAUCCCUUUUUGUUCUCCUGAGCCUCCAAAUAAAGAAAUAAAUCUAUAUUCUGUUGCUUCUCGCCACAUACUGGAAAUAAUUCUCUGUACUAUCUCCUCACCUAUUAGUAUCUGACUAUUACUGAGGCACUUGCUGGUCAGUCCAUCUCCACUUUCCUUGUUCUUCAUUCAGUGGUUGGAAACUUCCAUCUUAGACUCCUAUAGGUAUGUCAUCUUUUCGUUUUGACUUGCGAACAGAUGAGCAUUUCUUGGCUUCUGAAAUCUUAUUUUUUGUUUCUAUUUCUACUGAAGUCAUCAGGAUUUUUAUAGUUAACUGCAGCAGAAUAUGUUUCACCCCCAGAAUAUAUAAUCUCUACACAGGUAGUAUGCCUGUCUUGGCUCUUCCUUGUUCUUUGAAAUUCAUGAGCACUGUUAGUUGACUGGUGCUGGCAAGCACCUGUGUUUCUGCAGAUCUUGUGCUUCCCAAAUGAGUCCUACCAGAGGCCCUGAUGUCUUCAUUUAAUCAAUAGAUUAGAAAACUGGAGUAGCUCCAGAAAUAAGGCAUCAGAAAAUAUGGGUAUGUUUCAGUGUACCAGAUUUUACCAUGGCUAAGCAAUAAUUGAAAACUUCAGGUGUGAGACUAACAUGUUUUCCGACAAUGGAACAAUACCUUUUUUUCACUUCAAAUUUCCUGGAUCUAUUAUUUCUAAAGAUUUCUUUUCCCCUAACAAAGAACGCUACCAUAGUUGCCCAUGUGAAUUGUCCUAUUUUUUAGGCUGUUAGAAAUAAAUGGCAGAGGAAUGAUGAGUGUGUAGAAGGUGAAGGGGUGAGAUAAAAUUGUGUUUAAGAGAGGUACUCACCGAACUCUGUCUCAUAGUGCACAUUUAUUGAACUACAGUUCUAAUGAAAGUUAUUUUUUUAAAAUAGUGCAUUCUUACUCAACAGUUUAGUUUUCUGAGUAUUUGUUCCAGUCUAAAGGAUUAGGUAUAAAUGAGUGCAUUGCCUGCCUUAGGUCAUUUUAUGUGAUAUUUGGAGUCAAACUGGUGUGGUGCCUCACCUCCAUUGACCUAUAUCAAAAGAUCUUUUAAAUUCUGCUGUGUCUUACGUGACUUAUAUUCUUUCUUACAAUGAUUCAACAUGGCAAUGUCUUUACUGAAGAGUGUACCAUAAAUAAUAGCCUUGUUCUUAUUUACAGUAAUGAAAAUAACACUUUAAAUGUGUGUUUUGAGGGGGUAGAAAUCAUGUAGUCAGAUUAAGAUUGCACUUCAUUUAAGUUCUCUUUAUAUCUCAAAGGAAGUAAGGGUCAGAGCAUAAAUUGGUCAGUUCCAUGGAGUUCAGGUGGGGAAUGUAUAGAAGAAAUAAAGGCAAUUAAAAAUCAUCUAUUCAGACAGUGCAUUUAUGACAGAAUAGAGAAAAAGAAAACAAAGUAUGGGAAAUAGAUGAAAAAUCACUUUCAAAUAUUUUUUACCUCUUCUCAGUAAAUGUAAGUGAACAUUUAAAGCUUACAAAAGUUCAGAGUGGACAGUUUAUCCAAUCUUAAAAUUUAGGUAUUUGGAUUAUAUCACGUUCAGUAAAAAGCAAUCAUAUUGUCAUGAAAUUGUAUCCUUGAGACAAAGUUAUAAAUGUUUGUAUUAACUGUACAGUUGCAUAGGAGUGAACUAUGGUGAUGAAGAUGAUUUAAAAUCUUUUCUGUGUCUUGUAGCUAAAUACUGACCUAACAAAUGCCUGUGCUUACUUUUAAGUAGAUGCAAGUAUGACUCAUAGCUGAACUAGAACAUUUACUUCAAGGACAGACAUAUAUUGUGCUGUUGUAAUAUCCUGUAAAAGCUGGCAUGGAAUUUAAAACCUAAGGUCCCUUUGGUAUGCAGUUUAUCACUGAAACAGUGAAAAAGCAACGGGAAUUUUUCUGGGAGAGAAUGUAUUCUCCUGAUUUUAAAAUCUUUGUUACAAGACUCAAUUAAAUUAUAUAGUAACAGGCAAUUAGGCUAAACUGUUUACAUAUCUAGCCCUUAAUAAGCCAGUAUCAAUAGCAUAAAUAUUCUUAAAUUAAGAAUGUGCAUAGAGUACUGCUUUAAACAUUUAAAUUAAUUAAAAUGCACUCACAGGUCAUUAAAAUUGUGGAGAACCUUUGAUAAUGUGAUUUUCAUUAUCUUGUUGAAAUAUACUUUUUCUACUUUUUAUUCUCUCAGGUUCCUCACAGAGUACAGUCUGUGAUUGCUUUUAUUAGUUAUUAGCAGGGAAAUUGUAGCUUCUUUGUUUGGUAAAUUCUGUUUUCACAUAUAAUGUAUUACAAAGCAGUUUGAUUUGGUGUAAAACUUUAUCAAAAGGUGCAUUGGACACUUCUGGAGUUGACGCGUUAUCUGUUUCUGUGGAACAGAUUUUGAAAUUAUGGCCAAUGGUAUAUUAAAAAAAUACAUAAGUAAAAUCCAGUGAUCAUACAAACAUAAUAGCUUUUGUAAUUAAUAAGACUUUGGGACGAAAUAUCACAUGUAUACAUGUGUAAAACCCAAGUUUCUCCUCAAUUCUGUGGAAGAAAGAUUUCAAAAUUUAGCAGAACUACUGGCUUUGUGGUCUCAGAGGGGAAGCUAAAACUAAAUGAUUACUUAAUCAGACUAUUGAUCUUGAAUAUAAAUGAAUACAGGCAUAUGGGGACACAAUUAGAAACACAAGGUCCCAAAAAUAGUUAGGUAGGGCCGUAAAUGAAAUAAGCAAUCAUUUUGUAUUUGUAGUAAGGUUACUAAGAAAGCACUGAUUUGACAUUGAAGACAGAGAAGAUGACAGGCAGAUAAUACUGGGAAUAUUUAUUUUUACGGUCCUUCACUGGUAAAUUAAAACUCCAGACAAAUAGCUAAGAAAAUUAAUACCAGUUACAAAGAUAUAAGACUGCAGUCUAAAGAAGGGAAAAUAUAAUGCUUGUCUUUCAAAUGAGAUAAAAAGUAAAUGCUUAAAAGUUAUAGACUAGAUGGUGUACUCCAAAUUCUUUGGGAAUUUAUGUUAAAAAAAAAAAAGGAAA